UAGUGGACAGGAGACAUUGUAGCCUGAAAUGGCAGGGCCAGGUUCGAACUGUUCGUGAGAAGAUUGCCGUGGCCAUCCAAGACAUGCCAGAGAAUGAAGAGAUCAAGCAGCUUCUCUCUGGUUCAUAUAUUCACUAUUUUCACUGCCUGCGGAUUGUGGAGAUCCUUAAGAGGACAGAAGCCUCCACUAAAAACAUCUUUGGCCGUUACUCUUCUCAGCGUAUGAAGGACUGGCAAGAAAUUAUAUCGCAGUAUGAAAAGGAUAACACUUACUUGGUGGAGCUGGCCAGUCUCCUGGUACGGAAUGUCAACUAUGAGAUCCCUUCCCUCAAAAAACAGAUCAGUAAGUGCCAGCAACUGCAGCAGGAAUACAGCCGCAAGGAGGAGGAGUGCCAGCUGACAGCCACCGAGACAAGGGAGCGCUUCUACAGCUCCUGCAAGCAGUAUGGAAUUACGGGGGUAGAUGUGCGCCAGGAGCUUCUGGCCUUGGUGAAAGACCUGCCAUCACAGCUUGAUGAAAUUGGGACUGGAGCCAAGGGGCUGUUGGAAGCCAUCAACCUAUACCAGGCUUGUGUGCAGUUUGUGUGUGACAGCUCCACAGAACAGGUGGUCCCAUUACUGAGGCACAUGCAGGCCCAGGGCAACACCACCAUCUACGAGUGGAGGCGAGGGGUGAAACCAACUGCAGUAGAACGGCCAAAGAUGGAGGAAGUGAAGGAAGUGGUAGACGAGGAGGCGGAGUGCAGUGCUGCAGGUAUAGACUGGGGAGAUGGGAGUGAUGAUACAGCUCAGAUCAUGGUGAUGGAAGCUGGCAGUGAAGCUGCAGAGGGAGUCGCACGAGGACCUGAUGCUCUCACCCUUUUGGAGACCCCAGAGACCAGGAAUCAAUUCAUUGAUGAGCUUAUGGAGCUGGAGAUCUUCCUUUCCCAGCGCAUUGCUGAGACAAGUGAAGAGGCAGACAUCCUAUCAGUGAGCCAGUUCCAACUAGCUCCGCCCAUUCUGCAAGACCAGAACAAAGAGAAAUUGGAUGCCAUGGUAGCAGCCAUCCAGGAUCUUAUUGGCCAGCUGACCAGCUUGAGAAUGCAACAUCUUUUCAUGAUCCUUGCUUCCCCGAGGUAUGUGGACCGUGUGACCGAGCUCCUCCGCCAGAGGUUGAAACAGGCUGACCUGCUACUCCUGAAGAAGGAGCUGAUGGUUCAGAAGCGGCAGGAGGCAUUGGAAGAACAGGCCAAUCUGGAGCCAAAACUUGACAUACUUGUGGAGAAAACUAGAGAUUUACAGAAACUGAUUGAAGCAGACAUCUCUAAACGGUACAAUGGCCGACCUGUGAACCUGAUGGGUGCCUCCCUCUGACUUCUCCCUGCAUGCAUGUACACCUUGGACAUCCUUUGUGGCAUUGGAGUGGCAAGGCAUCAAUCACAUCCAAAACCAAAGAGAAGGGAUGUCAGGGAGAAGAACCAAGGAGAAGGAAUGCUAACUGGCCAAGCACCAGGAGUGUGGGGUUGCUAGUGGAAAGGUUUCCUGGCCCCCAUCCUGCAUGGGGCUUUGACUCUCAUUAACAGAUACUUGGUGUUUGAAUAAAAGCCUCCACCCUAA